CGCGGUACAGGGGGCAACCUGGGGCAACGUGCUUGGUGUCCAAGAAGCAAUGGUUGAUUGCGUGCUGCUGCGGUUGUGAUCUUUCAGCGCUUGCCGAGUGCCUACGCGAAAGUUUAGAUUCAAUCGCUGUGGCGGAAUGGCUAUGGUUUCCGACGCCGAAGACAUCUACUACUGUCAGUUCUGCGGCAUCACGUCGGAACUGCGCCGAUGCGCACGAUGCCAUCGGGUCUUCUACUGCAGCAAAGAACAUCAGCGUCUGCACUGGCCCGCGCACAAGCACGUCUGCAAGCCAACCAACGCGUCGACGCAUUCACAGCACCUGCUGGCACCUGGCUCUCCGCCGCUGCUGCUUCAUGCUGCUGCGCCCACUCCUCCCCCUGUACCAAGCGCUGCACCACCUGUGAUGCCCGCCACAGUCGUGGAGUCACCAGCACCGACACCACCCCCAGAUGCUGCCAGCAUUGCUGCGGACAUUCCAGACUAUGACCCCAAUGACCCGGUCAACCAGGCUUGGUGGAACGACACCCUCUCCUCUUUAGGACUCAGCACGGAGGGCGGCGCUGGUGUUGCUGACUUGGCCAGUGGUGUAGCCAGGCCGGAGGCCCUGAGGCUCCCAUCGUCCAGCUGGUUCCGGCAGAUGUGUGCCAACGUGAUCAAUGACCUCAACACUUUUGGCAUUUGUGUCAUUGACAAUUUCCUGGGCAAUGAGCGCGGCUCACUGAUAGUAGAUGAGGUGAACCAUCUCUAUGGGCUGGGCGGGUUCAAAGAUGGGCAGCUGGUGAAGAAGUCUGAUGAGACGAUGCGCGUCAUCCGAGGUGACCAAAUCAUCUGGGUGAACGGCACUGAGCCUGACCUCCCCGCAGUUAGCUUUCUGGUGCGAACUCUGGAUGCCAUCAUCAGCCGAUGCAACAACAGCAAAAAGGGGGGAUUGCUGCGGCAGUACCACAUCAACCAGCGCACCAAGGCCAUGAUAGCUUGUUACCCAAGCUGUGGGACGCAUUAUGUGAAGCAUGUGGACAAUCCAAACCAGGAUGGCCGUUGUAUCACCAGCAUCUACUAUCUCAACAAAGACUGGGAUGUCCAAAUGCAGGGGGGCCUGCUGCGCAUGUUCCCUGUGGGCCAGUCCACCAAGGUGGCCAACAUUGCGCCCAUCUUUGACCGCAUGCUCUUCUUCUGGUCUGACCGGCGGAAUCCCCACGAGGUGCUGCCAGCCUACUCGGUCAGGUUUGCCAUCACGGUGUGGUACCUGGAUGCAGAAGAACGACAAAAUGCACUGCGCAGGUUCCAGAGAGAACCGCCAACUGAUGAGCACAGUUCGAUGCAUCAGGUAGCUGCCGUUAGCAUGCCAAGCGAAUGCCAAGCUACCAGCAUCAGCAACAGCAACAGGUCAACAUGUUGGAACCGUUCGCCUUUGCCAACUACCAGCCAGGAAGCCAUGACGUGGCCUCAGGAUUCAUUGGUCACCAGUUCGGUGGACAACGGUCAUGACGACGGGCUUCCCACGAGCAACCCGGAGUGCAACUGGAAUAGCACCGUCAGCAGUAGCGUGGACGACUCUGUGAGCUGAUGCCACAUAAAAAUGUGAAAGGGUGUGGCCAGCAUUGCAAGCUUCAGCUUGGUGUUUGCCAAUGGUUCAUCCUAAAUGCAGGGCUUUGCUGUGUAGACCAAUAGGGCAGCUUACCAUAAUGAGCACGUGCCAUGUCACAGAAAGAGAGAGGCUUGACCCCUGAGAAGCUUCACCUGUCAGUCUAAUAAGAGUCACUUGCUGGGGAAGUUGGCAAAUGGUCCAACAGGGGGGUAAUCCGCAAAAGGACACAAUGCAGGAAGGCUUACGUGUGCUGCAGACGUUUCAAAGACCAGGGUGUCUACCAAGUUGCCAUUUUCAGAUUCCCUGAGUUUUCCAGGUUCUCCCUGAGUGAUCUUGCUAAAUUCUCUAAGUGAAAUGGAACUUUCUUUUACAUCAAGAUGACCUGACACCAUGUUGCCUGAUGCUGUCACUCUUUAGUAAGCAUGUUAAAAAAAAUGUCGCAGUUUCACCCGAAAGGCGAAGCAUUAAUUGCGACAGCAAAUUAGUAGAGAGCUAUACGAAGUAAGGAUAGUAUAGUUUUAUCAGCUGUAUAAACUUGGACAUGCAGUAGCACGAGCAAAGCGCAGAACUGUUGUCGACGCUGUCGGCGUUUUGCCCGCGUUCGCACCGAACGCGCACGGCAUUGGCGACUGUUGCCGGUGCCUCUGGCGGCGGCUCGGAGGUUUUCUACGAGAUCAGAACGGGACACUCGUCGAGCAGCGUCCGAAGUCUUUAUUUAGCACCUUCUCGCCUCACAACAUUUUUAUAUAAAUACGCAUUUGGUGCCGCAGCUAAACGUCGCCUCCCUCCCUCCAUUACUUUCGUUCCCUUUCAAUAACAUUACAGCUCAUUUUAGGGAUGGGCGAAUAGUGGACUUGAGGUUCGAAACGAAUAGUGAUUUGGUCGAAUAAUUUCGAAUCGAAUUGUUCGAAUAGUAUAUAUCACAUAUUACAGUAAAACCUAAUUCAUUCGAAGUUCACGGGACCAAAAAAAAAAGAUGUCCGAAUUAACCGAAUGCCGAAUUAUCAGGGUAUCUAGACAACAAUAACCAAAUGCUUACUACAUCAGCACGACUUUAUUAGUGGAAUGAAUGAACAGUCAUUUUGCUAUUUUGCACAAAAGCAGUGCGGAAGCUGCAAUUCUCGUCAUCUCGUGACUGAUUGGCUCUCGCAGCGGCGAUCGAGGCCUCGCGACUUCCUUCGCAGUACGGCCGCUGCGCGCGCCAUCAUUUGCGACACGCUUUGCACUACCGCGCGCACAUACCGAUUAUUUUUUCGCCAGUAAGCUGACCGCCAACAGAUCGCACGUUCAUCACGAUGUAGCCGGUGCUCUUCAUCCUCGACAGCUUUGCACCGAGUCAAACCGAAACAACUGUUUGUCGCAACCACGGCCGCAAUCGAGAGAUUAUAAAUGGCGACUUUGCGGUGUUUGGUACGGCCACACUAGCGGCAAAAAGCGCGCGUCAUGCCGCGCGCGGCAAAAGCGGCAGGAAUCAGGGGUUUUACGGCUUGCCGAGGGUGCCGAGAACGACGAGGGUGACGUCACGGAGCCAAUGGCAACCGGACCUCCGCCGCUUCGCGCCGGGUUAUCAAUCGACUAUCGUCGUAUCUCGCGCUGUCCGAUCGCACCCUUUUCGCUCACGGUGAUUCCACGUUCCGAGAGCGCGCGAGAUCACAUCGCGCUGCCGCGCGGCGAGACGCGAUUGUCACGGUGGACGCGCAGCAAUGACGCCCGCGUUUUUGCCGCUAGCGUGGCCGUACCCGGCCGACGCACGCGCCGAGUCAGAACGAAACUACCGUUCACUGCAAUAACUGCAGACGAAAUCGCGGUCGCUAUCUAUGCGAUCAUGGAUGGCCACUACGCAGCUUUUUAGGCACGCGGCCGACGUGCGUAUUGAGUCAAAACGAAACUACUUCUGCCGCAACCGCUGCGAAAGAAACCGCAGCAGCUAUCGAUGCGAUGAUGGGUGGCGACUAUGAAAUCCCGCGGCCAACGCGUUGUUAUGCGCGGCGGUAAACGCAAUAAAGGCACCAAUAGGCUCCGUACAGUGAACAGAGGGCGCUACAACCAAAUACGGCAAAACGCCGUGCAGCACCAAUGGUGGUAGGAAUGUGAAACACUGAGACGGCCGCUCCGAGCCCCGCGGCAGCGACUGAACGUGUUUCAACGCGCGCGUGACGUUCAAAAUGUCACGUGCAUUGUUUUGCAUCUUUAAGCCGAUAAGCUGUAUUGAAAAUUACUUUCGUGCACCUAUACUCGACAAAGGAGACAAGCUGUAUGUGGCGGGCCACGUUUACGACAUGAAGGAGUCCGACGGCGCCGACUUGAGGGCGCCGUCGGUCACUCUCAGCAAGGGAAACAAGUGUACCGCGUUUCCUUGCAGGUAGGGCGAACAUGCAUGCAUUUGUAUAUCAGCAAGUGGUUUUGACGCAUAAGCGGAAGCGCACACGCUACCACGACUUAUUGGAGGAAAAUCUGCGGUGCAAGUUAAACGAAGACGAAGAACACACAAACAGGACGGGAGCUUGCGGCGCAUUGCAACUAGCUCAAACCAAGAUUAUGCUACCGCGACGUUUUUUGAAUGAGAACACUCCCAAAUCGACAUUCAGUGAUUACACGUCGUUUUUGCUACGUUGCCAGGUAUUCCGGUGCGUGGUCACAGAAAUGUCCAACUGCAGCUCUGCUAUUUACAGUAUUUCGUUCAUUUCGUGGCCAACGUGCGCAGAAGCGCAUUUUUGCAAAUCUAUAAAGAAGCAUUUCUAGGUGUUGAUUUUUCAUUUAUUGGCUACUCCGCCGUUCACGAAGUGUUUGGAGCAGAUCCUGCUCGUCUGCUUCGGCAUCCACGGCGAGCCGUCGUUCUCGCCGAAGAAAAGAAGAAGAGCAUGAUUGCGAAUACUACGCAGUUCAUACUGACGACACAGUGCCCUAUGCAUGCGGCCGCAAGCAAGAGCGCACAUGCAGUAACCGAAUGACUUCUUCACGAGACAGUAAACGAGGCAAACACACCACAAAGCGCUGACGAGAGCGAGCAGUCUCACGGCGGGCGCCACUUGGUGAAGGCAUUUGAAGUUUAGAUGUUACACGCACCUUCACUACCCCCAAAAUCAACACAAACCGAGUUUACUUACUUCGCUGAAAGUAUCACAGAAAAACGCAAUUUAACAGUU